AUGAAACUUUCUCACACAAUAGUCGAAGUAGGAGCGUUUGUUCUCCGGAUUUAUUCUGAUAUUCAAGAUGCCUUUAUCUCGCUGAUGGUGUAUUCUGCUGCGAUUGCAUUUUCUGUUGGGGUGCUAUACAGCAUGAUGGUUCGCUGGACAUGGAUUGCAGACAAAUAUUACGGUAAACGUGUAUUUGAUCGCGGUUUUGGCAAUUAUGCAUCCAUUACUGCCGUUGUUCUUAUCUUGAUUGCGUUGAUUAUUGCCGGUGUGUGGGUUGCCUCUACUAUUUGGGUUGUGUAUCUGGCGCUUGUCGUUGUGCUUUGGCUCGCUUCGCUUGUAUUUUUGGGUAUUCAUCGAAGGAUGAGUCCAGGUAUGCGGGAAAGACCCAUUGUCAUGAGUAUGAUGGAGAGGAAGCGUGGAUAUGCACCACUCGCUACAAGCCAUCAGCAGCUAGAUCAUAUGCUUGUGUUGCUGAUCGUGAUCUUGUCUUUUACCUUUUUGAAGUUAAUUUUCCUCACUGUUUGUUUCGUGUUGGCACCUCUUUUCUUCAUUACGCCGCUGUACUACAUUUUUGGGGUGGGACCUGACUUGGCAUUCGUGACUCUCCUGUCCAAUACGGAAGCAUUGCCGCUCUUUGAGCAUGAAAGACACAUGCCUUCAGUACGUGAAGAAAUUCGCCAGCAAGAGCUUUCAGGCGCGCUGCCUUAUGCGCAUAACAAUUUGGGAGCGAAUGCAUCGCCUAUAUAUACUGUCCCACCCCAGCCAACAGCGCAGACGCAUGGACUUGAUCCUGCGUCUCAACAAGUGCACCAGAUGCCUUCUGAAGUCCAACGUCAAGGCUAUGUUGAGCAGUUGCCGUAUGGACAGAUUGAACCUGUCUCAUCGCAGCCAUACUUGACGAGAGAAAUGCCUCAAAGCGGCGGUGUGUCUGAACCUGAAGAGUUCAUGGUUGUGCCACGUUGA